GUCCUCCCUUCCGGGAGGUGUCGCUGUGGCGCUUGGACGCGAGAGCCGGCCUUUGCCGGCGGACUUUCUCGCCGCUCGGGGCCGGUGGGCGCGUCGCCGCCUCCGCCUCCGCGGCCCCUACCUUCCUUCAUCCCUUCGCCCGUUCCUUCUUUCCUAGGAGGCGCUGGCCGGCCUGGCGCCCCUCUUCUUCCCCGGCUCUCCCUCCUCCUCCUCUUCCGCUGGUGCUCCUGGGCCGCCGCUGGCGGUGGGGCUCCUUCCUCCUCCUGCUCCUCCGCCCGGCCUGCCCUCCGCCUCCGCCGCUCUUCCUCUCCGUGGCCCCGGUGCGGCCUCCCCCGGCCCUCGCCUCCGCCUCCGCCAUGCCCGGUCCUGCCGCCGGGAGCAGGGCCCGCGUCUACGCCGAAGUCAACAGCCUCCGGAGCCGAGAGUACUGGGACUACGAGGCCCACGUCCCCACAUGGGGUAAUCAAGACGAUUAUCAACUGGUUCGGAAACUCGGCCGGGGGAAAUAUAGUGAAGUCUUUGAGGCUAUAAACAUCACCAACAACGAGCGAGUGGUUGUGAAAAUUCUUAAGCCAGUGAAGAAAAAGAAGAUAAAACGAGAGGUUAAGAUUUUGGAGAAUCUGCGUGGUGGAACCAACAUCAUUAAGCUGAUUGACACGGUCAAGGAUCCGGUGUCAAAGACUCCAGCUCUGGUGUUUGAAUACAUCAAUAAUACAGAUUUCAAGCAACUAUACCAGAUUCUGACAGACUUUGAUAUUCGGUUUUAUAUGUAUGAAUUGCUCAAGGCCUUGGAUUACUGUCACAGCAUGGGGAUCAUGCAUAGAGAUGUCAAACCUCAUAACGUCAUGAUAGACCACCAACAGAAAAAGUUGCGCCUCAUAGACUGGGGCUUGGCAGAAUUCUACCAUCCAGCUCAGGAAUACAAUGUCCGCGUUGCCUCGAGGUACUUCAAAGGGCCAGAGCUUCUCGUGGACUACCAAAUGUACGACUAUAGCUUAGAUAUGUGGAGCUUAGGCUGUAUGCUGGCCAGCAUGAUCUUCCGAAAAGAGCCUUUUUUCCACGGUCAGGAUAACUAUGACCAGUUGGUUCGCAUUGCAAAGGUUCUGGGUACAGAUGAAUUAUAUGGUUAUCUGAAGAAGUACCACAUAGAACUGGACCCACACUUCAAUGAUAUCCUGGGACAACAUUCACGGAAGCGCUGGGAGAACUUCAUUCACAGUGAAAACAGACACCUGGUCAGCCCUGAAGUCUUGGACCUUCUGGACAAACUCCUGCGAUAUGACCAUCAACAGAGGUUGACUGCCAAAGAAGCUAUGGAGCACCCUUAUUUCUAUCCAGUUGUGAAGGAGCAGGCCCAGCAGCCCAGCUCCGACAGCCCAGUGCUCACCAGCAGCCUGACAACAACACGAUGAAGUUUGGGGAACGACGGGUAAUUCCAGAGGUUUACAAAUACAAAACACACACACCCCUCAGUCACCUGGGGAAGGGAAUGAACCAAAACCCCGUAUUCUCUGCAGAAGCCUCGACUUGAAGGGAGGGUAGGGCCUCCUCGCCUUCCUCUCUCUCUCCAGCACUUGCGGCUACCCUAACCUUUCUCUGUGUGUUACCAAAGUCCUUAUCCAAAUGGUUGUGUGAGAUGUUACAUGGAUUCGAGGGUGUGGUCCGAGGUUGGAACUACUACUACUGGCUCUGAGUUCAAAUCUGCCAUUUCCUACUCUACUUUUCCUAGCCUGCGAUUUUUCUCUUUUCUUCUCCUGGGCGGCCUUCUGGUUUCUCCCCGCCCUGACCCCGCACACGAGGAUAUGUAGCAUGUACCCCACAGAAGCAAGCCCAUGUGGGGUCAGGUUCUAUCAAGAAGCGGGUGCCAAGCCUGUAAGUGGUGGAUGUCACCCUCGCUCUUGUCACAUCCGAUUUUGGCCCUUAAUCUUCGCUCCUGCCCCCCUUCAGUUUAAACAGCCAGUCUUGGAAAUGGUUUGAGUCAGUCAGUCAAACUAUAAUAAGAUGCUUCAAAACACUGUUGGGAGGCAGCUUGCUGUUGGGGUAGACGGGUCGAGUGUCCCCCCCGUUCCCAUCCCUUUCUUUCUGGGGAAGUGCCUGCCUUAGCAAGGGGGAAGGUGGUUCUUUCAGGCCAAAAGAGCGCUUCCUCCUGUGAGGUUUGUUCCAACGGCUAUGAAGAGCCAACCGCGGGCAUUCCCAUCCGUGAGCAAAUUUAGAAUUGCUUUCAUUGCAGCCACUUUGAACACGUGGAAGAAGCAAAGAGGAAGUGUUUUGGGGAUGAGGAAACCAAUGGGGAGUUUCGGAAGCCAGGAAUAGCGAGGGCCAUUCCGAAUCCAUGUGCGACGACGGCCUUCCUGAGGUUCAGAUCCCUGGAGCAUUUUUACGCACCUGGCCCUGCGAGGGAGUGCGGUCUCCUCUGCAGGAAGGGCGCGUCAGGUGCUCCUUUACCUGGUUAUUAUUUUUCCUUGUUGGGUCUCUUACGAGCGCCAGAGUUCGACCCCCGCCUUUUUUGGGGGAGGGGGCAUUAUACUUUGUGAUUCUGGUGACGUCAUAAACCUAAAUCUACGCGUUUUUGUCACCAUGCCUAAAUGCAGAUAUUUUUUUCUUUCUAUUAUUACUUUGUCAAAUAUUUAAUUUUAAGAAAUAAGGUUAGACUGUUUCUAUUUGAAGCAUCUGUUUACAUUCCACUUCCCAAUAACAACAUGUUAGCAUUGAUAUCAGGUCAGAUCCAUUUGUACAAUUCACUGGAACCAAUAAAUCUCUCUAUGUACAAA